AUGACGAGUAGCGCCAACACCGAGGCUUCUUUUCCUGACCAAGCAACUUCCUUGAGCCCAAGGACUUCAGCCAACCUUCCAUCCACUGCAUACAGCAUUUCCUCGGCAGACAGCGAAGAUGAAGAGACCACAGAGCCCACGAGGACUCGCAUCAGAAGCAAUGAAGUAAGAAACGAGCGGGCCGAGAUGCUUCCAGCCCCCCAGAAGGAGAACAUCAAAACCGAACGAAAACCCAGUCGGAGGUCUUCUGGUCAUGUCGUAUGGCAAAUGGCGGCUUUCUACGCUUUAGGAUUCAUGGCCACACACAUGGCCUUCUUCAUCCUCCUAGAUGGUGAACCCGUUGAAACCUCAGGCUUCAAUCAAAAUCUUCAAGCAGCUCUAGCCAACUUUCUUGCCAUCGCUGUCGAAAUUUGUCUCCUGAGUGGCAUUGCCGUGGCCUAUGAUCAAAUCCUGUGGCGACUGCUCCGUCGUAAAGCACUCGAAGCCUGCACAAUUGACAAGCUCGUCACCUUGGUUUUGAGUCCUUGGAACUUGUCCCGGCCAGGUCUCUUGACUAGUGCGCCCGAACUCUGGUUGAUCGCGUUUCUCUGCUUCAUGGUCCCAGUCACCAUCGUCUUCCCACCCGGUUCGUUGACGGUGGAAUUCGAGGACAAUGUGUUGACGGUCACGUUGCCGAAUGUGCCAACGCUGAAUAUCAGCAACUGGGGCAACGGAACUUGGAGGGAUUUUUUGCGGCUCUCGCUCAUGGAGCCCGACAACGAUUUUGUCUACGUGUUAGUUAGUGUCCGGCCCCUCACGACCAAAGAGACGCUAAUUAGAGCCGUGUCAGGAGUGACUCGAGUGGGAUACGUCCAAACCAUCGAAACGGUCGAAACUUGA